AUGUCACUGCACCACUGCUCCGCCGCCACCACGACGCCCGCCAUGGCCGCCACCACGGGCAGCGCCGGCCUCUCGUCCGCUCCACCGUUCCGCCUCCUCGGCUCCUGCUCCGGCUCCGGCCCGGCCCAGCUCCGACUCCCUCCUGCUGCCGCCUGCCGUCGUCGUUCGCUACUCCGCUGCGCCGCCUCUGGUGGCGGCGAUGGCGGCUCCAGGUCUGACCCGGCCCCAGAGGAGCAGAGGCGGCGUCAGGCCGAGCUGGCCGCGCGCAUUGCGUCCGGCGAGUUCACCGUCCAAGGCCCUGGAUGGAUUGCUCCUCUCGUGGGGAGGCUGUCCAAGCUGGGGCCGCCGGGGGAGCUCGCCGCCGCGCUCCUCACGAGGCUGGCCGGAGCUGGUGCGGCCCGCGGCGGGCCGGAGAUUCCGCAGGCGGUGGGAUCGAUCAACGCGGUCGUGGGCCAGGCGUUCUUCGUCCCCCUGUACGACCUCUUCCUCACCUACGGCGGCAUCUUCCGCCUCAACUUUGGGCCUAAGUCAUUUCUUAUAGUCUCUGAUCCAGGUAUAGCUAAGCACAUCCUGAGAGACAACUCCAAAGCUUAUUCCAAGGGAAUUCUUGCGGAAAUAUUGGAGUUUGUGAUGGGUACAGGUUUGAUCCCAGCAGAUGGGGAGAUUUGGCGGGUUCGGAGGCGUGCUAUUGUUCCCGCAUUGCAUCAGAAGUAUGUGACUGCAAUGAUAGGUCUCUUUGGAGAAGCUUCGGAUCGGCUCUGCCAGAAAUUGGACAAGGCAGCAUCUGAUGGGGAGGAUGUGGAGAUGGAAUCUUUGUUCUCUCGACUAACGUUGGAUGUCAUUGGGAAGGCAGUAUUCAAUUAUGACUUCGACUCACUAUCUUACGAUAAUGGAAUUGUCGAGGCAGUGUAUGUAACACUAAGGGAAGCGGAAAUGCGUAGCACUUCUCCUAUACCCACCUGGGAAAUACCCAUAUGGAAGGACAUCUCCCCACGGCAGAAGAAGGUCAAUGAAGCUCUCAAGUUGAUAAAUACUACUCUCGAUGAACUAAUUGCCAUAUGCAAGAGACUGGUAGAGCAAGAAGAUCUUCAGUUUCAUGAGGAAUACAUGAAUGAGCAAGAUCCUAGUAUUCUUCACUUUCUCUUGGCAUCUGGAGAUGAUGUCUCCAGUAAGCAACUCCGCGAUGAUCUGAUGACAAUGCUCAUAGCUGGUCAUGAGACCUCUGCAGCAGUCUUGACAUGGACAUUUUAUCUUCUAUCUAAGUAUCCAAAAGUAAUGGCCAAGCUCCAAGAUGAGGUUGAUAGUGUUCUAGGUGACAGUUUGCCAACAAUUGAGGAUGUGAAGAAACUAAAGUACACUACUCGAGUGAUUAAUGAGUCAUUGAGACUAUAUCCGCAGCCGCCGGUUUUAAUUCGUCGGUCGCUUGAGGAUGAUAUGCUGGGAGGGUACCCAAUUGGCCGUGGAGAAGACAUUUUUAUUUCUGUCUGGAAUCUUCACCACUGCCCGAAGCACUGGGAUGAUGCAGAAGUUUUCAACCCAGAAAGAUGGCCUUUGGAUGGACCAAAUCCAAAUGAGAUAAACCAAAAUUUCAGUUACUUACCAUUUGGUGGUGGACCAAGGAAAUGUGUUGGUGACAUGUUUGCCACUUUUGAGACUGUGGUGGCAACAGCAAUGCUUGUCAAGCGAUUUGACUUUCAGAUGGCUCCAGGAGCACCUCCGGUUGACAUGACAACUGGAGCAACAAUUCACACAACUGAUGGGUUGAAAAUGACUGUUACUCGGAGGACAAAGCCACCAGUAAUUCCAAACCUGGAGAUGAAAGUUGUUUCUGAUUCGCAAGAACCCACACGUUCAACCCCAUCAAUGGUUGUUAGUGCUGCUACUGUUGCUUCGGGAGAAGAUCAAAGGGAACUCUCCUGAUUUAGCAGUUUCAAGUUGCCCUGACAUACAGAAUGAGUAUGUUCUUUGCAUUCUCCUCAGAGUUAUAAUUCUGUUACUUAUUUCUCUAUAUUAUUUUGACUCUGCAUGUGCAUUUGCUCACAUUUUCUCAUAUUUCUUCCAUUCUUUGGCAUAUUUCUUCUGAAAGAUUAUUUAGGUAUAUCUAUUUAUAUUGCUCUGGAAAUAUUUGACUUGUUACAACAUUUGGUUGCGCAAGCAGUACAGCACAGAGAAGAAGUUUCCUGGUGUGCUACUUUUACAAGGAUAAGAUCUCAAACUCUUCCUGGCUUAUUUCCGCCGAUUCUACAGCGCAUGCCUACAGAUUAUCUGCUUGCUGCCACUCAGAAGCACCAUGGACAUAUUUACAAGAAGUUCUGACUUCCGAGCAUGGAAUGCUGCCCUUCUAAAUCUUCAGCAGUCCUUCCAACUCGCGAAGAACAUCAGCACGGGUAACUAUACCU